AUGGAAGUGAAGGUUUGUUAUCCGACCACGAAAGAAGCUGAUGUAGGAUACCUGAUGCGCAUCGUACCACUCGGGGAAUUCAGUGAUGACCUUAAGACGUUUUCACGUCAUAAGCUCAGCACUCACUACAUAGCGCCACACUCAAUGAACCUUGCUAAUCUGAGCACUUUGCAAGAGGUGGUUGAUUUCGAUAGCGGUUGUGUCACGAUCGCAUCGACUCUUCUCUGUAAAACACGGCCACAACCGUUCGAAUGCGGUUUGGCGAGGAGAAGACGUCGCGGAUGCGCGGUGGAGAAACACAAUUCCACCGAUGACGAAUUUACGCUUGUCGAGUCGCUACUAAGGACAACAGUAGUUGCUACUCGAAUGAAGCGUAUUCUGUACAAAUCGGCAGAGCGCGACACAUUCGAGUCAGUUCGACUGGAGAAGCCAGUGUUCGUAUGUGAAAUACCGAACGGAGCAAUGGUUCACAUAGGCGUGGAAACGAUAACAUCACGUGUCACGUCAAGCAAUUUUUUGGUAGACCUAAAAAUUGUACUACCGGCAAUGAAGAAACGGCCGAACUCGAAGGACGAUAGUCGAGACGAUAGCAUGGACGAGCUAUCUGGAAGAGGUGGAUGGUGGUUGAACGGCGAAUGGCUGGCCAUCCUGCUGAUAUCGGUCAUAAUUGGAUUAAUUACGUUUGCCGUCUAUCACCUAUACCGCGAGUUGCGAAGACUAAGGCGAUGGAGAAGAAGCGUAGACAUGUUUAGGGAGUCGUUUAAAGAGCCGAAAGUGGGUUUCAUUGUUGGGAAUGAAGAAGAUGCUAGAGAUUUCAUUGGUCAUAGACACAUAAAUAUGGAAUAA